AGCGACAACUGAUGCUGGCCGCUUCUAAACUUGCAUUAAGCGAUGUUCUUUGUGCCACAUUUCUCUGAACCCUCCUGCAAACGAACAGCUAACUGCUGUAACGUCAGUUUUAGUGUUAAUUUUAGCAGAUUAAGCCGGGGCAGGCACUCUGCACGCAGGGGUUACACUAGUCAGGUGCAUGAAACUGGGGCAAUAGCUAUUUAGUUUUACGAGGAUGGCUGCAGUCUAGUAGACAACUGCCUGUCGGGAUAUGUUCCAAUGAAUUCUCUAUCGCCAUCGACUGUUUUGCGCGUUUUUGGCUCAUUGCUGGAGAGAGCAUGGAAGAGGAUUUACUGUCACUGAUUACAUCUGUUUCGUCUAGAGGUAGGACACUUUGCUGUGUGUGAGUGAAGUCUGUGCAAAUCUGUGCAAUGUGAGCGACGGACUGUGGCUACAAAACUACAGAUUGAUCAUUUCUGUGGAUUUUGCACGGAGUCGAGCUUCACUGGAUGUGCACAUGAGACGGGUGACUGGGUGAUGGAAUAGUGAUGAAGCCUAAUCGGUGGGGAAAAAUGCUUCCUCUACCCUGCUUCUCUCGUCUUUUCCGUUUUAUUUUCAUCCUCUUCUUCCUCUUCUUCCCCUCAACCGAUGUCCAAUUCUUGCCAGAAGUUUGGACAGGACAGGCGCAGCUGCUCUUCACCCAGCCUGCCUAUAAUGCCUCCAUCUUCGAGAACUCUGCCGCAAGAACCUAUAUCGGAAGUGAGGUCAAAAUGGGCAUCGUUCUCGGGCCACCUCGGUCUUUAGACAUCAAAUAUUCCAUCGUGUCUGGAGACAGUGAAGUCAUCUUCCAGGCGGAGGAGUAUGUAAUGGGUGACUUUUGUUUCCUCCGCAUAUGCACCAAUGGGGGCAGUGGUGCCAUACUGAACCGGGAAGUACAGGACAAUUACACUCUGACGGUUAAGGCGUCUGCCCAAGGAGGUCUAGAGGCCUUAACCACUGUUUAUAUCAAGGUCUUGGACACAAAUGACCUCCGACCUCUCUUUUCCCCGACCUCCUAUUCAUUCGUUGUGUCUGAAAAUGCCCCACUUGGUGCCAGUAUAGGACGAGUGACAGCCACAGAUGCUGAUGUGGGCUCCAAUGGCGAGUUUUACUACUUCUUCAAGAACAGAACGGAACUCUUCGCUGUUCAUCCGACCAGUGGGGUCAUCACUCUGACGGGCCAACCCAGGAUGGACAAACAGGACCGAUUUGAGCUGGAGGUGCAGGUGGUCGACAGAGGGAUGAAACUCUAUGGAAACAAUGGUAUCAGCAGCACCGCCAGACUCAUCCUGACUGUGGAGCGGGUUAAUGAAUUUGCUCCUGUUGUCAAUGCAGUCGCUGUUACUCCAUCGUGGGAUGACAUGGACCCAGUUUUUGUCAUAUUGACUGUGGAGGACAAAGAUGAGGGGAUAUCUGGGGAUAUAGAGUGGGUGUCCAUCAUUGAGGGCGACCCCUAUGAACAGUUCAUGGUUGAUCGGUCACCUAUUGGGAAUGAGUACAGGGUUAAAACAACAGAUUUGCCCAACUGGGAUACAUUUCCCUAUGGUUGCAAUUUAACUUUCCAGGCUAAAGACAGGGGUAUACCUCCUAAGUUUUCUAACACUCAAGUUGUUCAGCUGUUAGUUACAAAGCCAGACCCUGUGUUGGCCAGUUUUGAGAAAGAUGUUUAUGUAGUCAAGCUGAGUGAAAUCGCUCCCCCAGGCACAAUUGUAGAGGUGGUGAAAAUCUCCCCAGCUCCACUGAGUGUCAAUUACAGCUUCAGCAGCCUCUCAGAUCCAAUGUACUUUGAUAUAAACCCUUUGACUGGAGUUAUUAUGACCACAAGGCAGCUGACAAGGAUAUCACAGAAUUUCAUGGUGAUGGAGGUAAUAGAUAUUAUCAGUCAGCAGCAAGCACAGGUCCAAAUUACCAUAGUGGAUGCUAAUGACAACUCUCCAGUGUUCAACAGGCCAUCCUAUAAUAUUGCAAUCAAUGAGAGCUUGCCUGUAGGUACUGUUGUUCUCGUAGUUUCUGCUGUGGAUGAGGAUAAAGGAGAGAAUGGGUAUGUAACUCACACAAUCAGCGGUGAGCAGUCUCUUCCAUUUGCUAUAGACCAGGACACAGGAGAAGUGAGGAUCACAAACGAUGUGGAUUUUGAGUCAUCAGAUGAUAUCUAUACUUUUGCAGUGCGGGCAUCUGAUUGGGGUUCACCCUACAGAAGGGAGACUGAGGUUAAUAUCACUAUCCGUGUGAUAAAUAUCAAUGACAACCGGCCUCUUUUUGAGAAGGUUUCUUGCAGAGGGAUGAUAAGCCGUGAUUUCCCUGUCAACCAGACUAUUGUUACCUUGUCAGCUAUAGACAUGGAUGAGCUAGGAAUGGUGCAGUAUAAAAUACUAUCUGGAAAUGAGUUAGACUAUUUUAACUUAAAUCCAGAAUCUGGGGCUUUGUCACUGAAGCAGUCAUUAGCAGCGGAUAAUUUAAAAAAUGGGAUAUUUACCCUGAAAAUAGUUGCAACAGAUGGAGAGAUGUACUCAGAUCCUACAUUUGUGAAUGUUUCGGUGGUGAGGGGUAGAAUACCAAACAGGGGCUUUACCUGCAAGGACACCAGGGUAGCGCAGUUAUUGGCAGAAAAAAUGGUCUCCAAAGCGUCUGCUAUGGCUAGACCAAGACUGGAUGAGCGUUACUCAGACCUUCUCUCUAUGAACAAACAGGCUCCACAAUUUGAGGCCUUGCCUACAAGUAUUCUAGUGAGAGAAGACCUGGAUGUUGGUGCCAGUGUUUUUCAGGUGCGAGCUCGAGACGGUGACACGGGCUUCAAUGGUCGUGUUCUGUUUUCUAUUUCUGAUGGUAACAAAGACAGCUGCUUCAAUAUCAACAUGGAGAGUGGGCUGAUAACUGUCCUGCAGCCACUUGACCGUGAGCGAAUGGAUCGUUACUUCCUAAAUAUCACCAUCUAUGAUCAGGGCAUUCCUCAGAUGUCCAUUUGGAGACUACUGACUGUGAUCAUCGAGGAUGCAAAUGACAACGACCCCCAGUUUUAUCAGGACGGCUUCUCUGCCCUUGUUUCAGAAAACUCAGCCAUUGGUAUGGAAGUUAUUACUAUCACUGCAUUUGACAGAGACAUGGGUCAGAAUGGACAGCUGUCCUACGUAAUGAUAACCAGCGUCCCUCAGUUUGGUAUAGACAGUGAAACUGGAAGUGUGUUUGUUGCGAGCCACCUGGACAGAGAAACAUCCCCGCUGUUCAUGUUGAAGAUUGAAGUGAGAGACAAGGCUGAAAGAGGCACUCGGAGAUCAUCAGUGACCACUCUGAGGAUAAUAUUGGAGGAUGUCAAUGAUUGUUCUCCAGCUUUCAUCCCAGGCAGCUAUAGCGCUCGAGUGCUAGAGGACAUCCCACCAGGAGCUGUGAUUACGUGGGUGCAGGCUCAGGACCCAGACAUCGGACUUGGUGGACAAGUCAGAUACUCUUUGGUUAAUGACUUCAACGGCACUUUUGAAAUUGAUGCAGUGAGUGGAGCAUUGAGAAUUAGGAGGGAGCUGGACUUUGAGAAACAGCCAUUUUUCAACCUGACAUUACUUGCUGAGGACAGAGGAGUACCCAGGCUGUAUAGUCAGACAUUUGUGGAAGUAGAGGUGGUGGAUGUCAAUGAGAAUUUGUAUGCACCCUACUUCCCUGACUUUGCUGUGAGAGGCUCAGUGAAGGAGAACUCUCGUGUAGGAACAAGUGUCCUGACAGUCAGCGCUAAGGAUGAUGACAAGGGACGAGAUGGCAUGUUGAGGUACUCUGUCCGAGGAGGCAGCGGACUGGGCGCUUUCACCAUUGACGAAGACACAGGGGUGAUUUACACUGCUGGUAUCCUGGACUGUGAGACCAAAGAUUCCUACUGGCUUAGUGUCUUUGCCACAGAUAGAGGGGUUGCACCCCUGUCAGCUUCUAUUGAAGUAUUCAUCCAGGUAGAAGAUGUGAACGAUAAUGCUCCCCUCACCUCUGAUCCUAUCUACCACCCAGUAAUCAUGGAGAACUCUCCAAAGGACGUGUCAGUCAUCCGUAUCCAGGCUCAGGACCCUGACCUCACUGCCACGUCUACUCGUCUGAGUUAUCGCAUUAGUGCUGGCAACCCGCAGAAUUUCUUCACUAUCAACCCAAAAACAGGUCUGAUCACGACCACUGCAAGGAAACUGGACAGAGAACAACAGGCAGAGCACUUUUUAGAGGUGACAGUAAUAGAUGGGCCCGUGACCACCCGCCAGUCCACUGUGUGGGUCAUAGUUCAUAUCGAGGAUGAGAACGACAAUCCACCAACCUUCCCUGAGGUCACCUACCGCAUCAGCCUGCCCGAACGAGACCGGAACAAACGCAGUGAGCCUGUCUACCGAGUCUUUGCCUAUGACCGUGACUCUGGAGCCAAUGGCAAUAUAACCUACAGCAUUAUUGAUGGUAAUGAGGAUGAAAAGUUCAGUAUUGAUCCCAGGACUGCUAUGGUGUCAUCAAAGAAGAUGGCCACUGCGGGCAGCUAUGACAUCCUCACUAUAAAAGCAGAGGACAGCGGUGAACCCCCAUUGUGGUCCACCGUCAAACUCCACGUAGAGUGGAUUCGCAAACCUGUCCCCUCAUCGUUGCCCCUGCAGUUCACCCAGAGGUACUACAACUUCUCUGUUACGGAAACGACAGCUGUGGCUCAGCCGGUGGGAGUGGUGGCCGUCAGCCAGUCGAGCACACCUGUGUGGUUCAGUAUCAUCGGAGGACGACUUGCCAGAGAAACGUUCUACAUUCCGCAGAAUGCUUGUGGAAAAAACUGCUCACUUGACACAGGGAGCUUUGACAUGCAGUUUGACCUUCAAGUGGGAGUGGGGACUCUAGUCGUGGCCAAGCCCCUGGAUGCAGAGGUGCAGUCUGUGUUCAACAUGACGAUACAGGUGACAGAUGGGACCAACUUUGCCACAGCGCAGGUGUUCAUCCGAAUACAAGACAGCAAUGACAACCCUCCAGUUUUCUCCCAGUCAGCCUACGAUAUCAGUGUCUCCGAGGAUGUACCAGCCGACAUGGAGCUGCUGCGGGUCAGAGCGUCGGACGUGGAUGAGCGUGCACGUUUGAGCUUCUCCAUCUAUGGCAGUGUAGAUCCAGCCAGCAUGAGGCUAUUCAGGGUGAACCCCGGUACUGGAAUGGUCUACACUGCAGACAGGCUGGACUACGAGGCCAGAACUCAGCACAUCCUCACUGUCAUGGUCAAGGAUCAGGAGUUUCCAUUUAACCGUGACCUGGCUCGUAUCCUGGUGGCAGUGGAGGACUCCAAUGAUAACAUCCCCUACUUCACCAGCACCGUAUACGAUGCGGUAGCCUAUGAGAAUUCUCCUGCAGGCACGUCUGUACUGCAGGUGACGGCCCUAGACAAAGACAAUGGGAUUAAUGGGCAACUCACCUAUAGUAUGGAAGCAGGUAACUCCAAUGGCGUGUUUGGCAUUGAUAAUGCCACAGGCCUUAUAUUCAUUGCCAAGGACUUGGACCUCACCUCUAUGGGCUUUUACACCCUCACUGUACGCGUCACCGAUAGCGGAUUUCCUCCAUUAAUGGCCACUGCUUCAGUUCGCAUUUCCUUGAUGCUCUCCGACUUCUCCAAACCCAAAUUCACUCAGAAGGAGUAUCAGACUGAGAUAAUGGAGAACAGCAAAAUCGGAGCAUAUGUGACCACUGUUAGCGCCCUCAGCCGCUCUGCACUCAUUUAUGACAUCACCAGAGGCAAUGAGGAGCAGUGCUUCGUUAUCAACCAUCACACUGGUGUAAUCACUACACGCAGAAUGCUUGACUUUGAGAAGACAACAACCUAUUUUCUGAUGGUGCGUGCCCUGAGCAUGGCUGGAGUGGAGGCCAGCACCACUGUCAUCGUCCAAAUUGGGGAUGUCAAUGAUAGCCCACCUGUAUUCCAACAACUCAGGUAUGUGGGUGCAGUCAGUGAGGCUGCUCCGGUCAACAGUGUGGUCCUGGGAGAGGAUGGUAACCCUUUAGUCAUCCAGGCGACUGAUAAAGAUCGCAAUCACAAUGCCCUGUUAGUGUUCCAGAUCAUAGACGAGACCGCUCGCAUGUUUUUCAGCGUGGACUCUGGAACUGGAUCGAUUCGAACGAUCGCCAGCCUGGACUAUGAAACUUUCUCUGAGUUCCUCUUCCGGGUUCAUGUCAGAGACAGUGGUCAGCCUUCUCGGAGCGCUGAAAGCCCAGCGGAGGUGAUUAUAAAGGUAAUGAACAUCAAUGAUUCACCCCCGAAGUUCUUCCAGGACACUUAUGAGACGGUCCUCCUCCUGCCUACCUACUUGGGAGUCGAGGUCCUUAAGGUUGAGGCUUUUGACCCUGACAUGACCUCUGACCUCAGGUCUGUCACACCCCAGCUAGUUUACUCUCUGGUGGACAGCAAUGUGGAGUAUUUUGCUGUGGAGCGCUACACCGGAGUUGUGACUAUCCUAAAUCAGAACCUCAAUAAAGACCGUUAUCGCUUUAAUGUGAAGGUAUGGGAUGGACGUUUUUCCAGCAUGGCAUCAGUCACUGUGCUUGUCCGAGAGGCUAUAGACAGUGGCCUUCUCUUCACCUACCCGGUCUACUCCGCCUCCAUCCCAGAAAACAUCCCCAACGUCACUUUAGUGACUGUAGUGAACACAGUUGGCCACCGCCUCAAUGAGCCGCUCAAGUACACCCUCCUGAACCCCGGUGGGCGCUUCACCAUUCGGCCAACCUGUGGAGUGGUGCUCACCACCGGUGUGCCUUUUGACCGAGAGGAGAGGAAGAGUUACGAGCUGGUGGUGGAGGUCAGCAGAGAAGACGAGAUAUUGAGAGUGGCCAGGGCAACUGUGCAAGUACAGGUGGAGGAUGUAAAUGACAACACUCCAGAGUUUGUGAACCUGCCCUACUAUGCUGUAGUCCAGGUGGAAGCAGAGCCAGGAUCAGCUAUUUUCAGGGUCUCAGCCACUGACCAAGACUUUGGUAUGAAUGGAGAUGUGACUUACAGCCUUAAGGAGGAGCACAGGAACUUUCAAGUGAACCCUGUGACAGGAGAGCUGACCUUAAAACGAGCCUUUGAGGCAGAUUUAUCCAACGCAGAGUACAAGGUGGUUAUUGUGGCCACUGACGGUGGCUACCCCACUCUGUCCAGUGAGGUGGAGCUGCCUGUGACUGUAGUAAAUAAAGCCAUGCCGGUGUUUGACAAGCCCUUCUACGGUGUCACUGUCAGAGAGGACGUGGCUGUCUCCACCUCUGUCCUGUGUAUAAACGCCAGCACUCCUGAGGGCCAGAGCAUCAUCUUCACCAUCACGGAUGGAGACCCUUCCCUCCAGUUUGACAUUGGCUUUGACACCGGAAUCAUCAGCGUGAUUUACCCGUUAGACUACGAGACCACCCAGUACUACCGGUUAACUGUUAAGGCUACAGAUACACUGACUGGUGCAAAGUCAGAGGUUGAUGUGGACAUUGUUAUGCUGGAUGUGAACGAUAACCCGCCGCUGUUCCUGAACACUUCAUACUCUGCAGUGCUGGCUGAGAACUCCAUGAUUGGAACAACAGUGUUACAGGUGUUUGCUCAGGACCAGGACUCAGAAAAGAACGCUGCGGUGAGCUACCAGAUCCUAUCUGACAUCUACAACAGCACCGACUACUUCCACAUUGAUAGUAGCAGCGGACUGAUAUUCACCGCACGUCUGCUCGACUAUGAGCUCAUCCAGCGCUACAACUUCAUUGUCAGGGCGACAGACAGUGGAGACCCUGCCCUUAGCAGUGAUGUUAGUGUCACCGUUAUUGUCACUGACACAAACGACAAUCCACCUAAUUUUAGCCAAGCACUGUACGAGGCCUUUGUCAGCGAGUUGGCUCCCCGAGGACACUUUGUGACUUGUGUUCAGGCAUCUGAUGCUGACAUCUGUGAUGCUCAAAGACUGAGGUACAGUAUUCUCUCAGGGAAUGAGAAAAUGACUUUUAUGAUGGAGCCAGAUACAGGGGUGCUCCGUCUGUCUAACAAAAGGAGACAAGGCAUGAAACUCUCGUAUCAACUCAAUGUGUCUGUGUCAGAUGGAGUCUUCACCAACACUGCUCAGGUGACUGUGCGUGUCCUGGGAGCUAACUUGUACAGCCCAGUAUUUAGCCAGAGGUUCUACCUGGCUGAGGUGCAGGAAAAUGCCCCUCCUGGGUCAAAGGUCAUCCAGGUUCGUGCAACAGAUGAGGACUCUGGACUUUAUGGCCAGAUCACCUACUCCUUCAUCAAUGACUUGGGGAAAACGCAGUUUACUAUUGAUGCAGAUGGAGUCAUAUCCACUGUGGAGAAAUUAGACAGAGAACAUCCUCUCAACAAGGACAUGGUGUUGACUGUUAUGGCCCUGGAUGGGGGAGGGCGGGCAUCGUUUUGCACAGUGCGAGUGGUCCUUGCAGAUGAGAACGACAAUGCCCCUCGAUUCAGAGCGGUGGAGUACCGGAUGAGCAUUAAAGCAAACGUUGCCAAAGGUUCACUUGUCACGCAGAUCCAGGCCACUGACCCCGACGCUGGGUCUAAUGGGAGGAUCACCUACUCCCUUUACAGUGAGGCACGCCUGUCCCUGGUUGAUGUUCUGGAGGUGGAGGCAGACAGUGGUUGGAUGAUGACUAAAAGCACAGUCGACCACCUCCAGGGCACUGUACUGUCUUUCUUUGUCAAAGCCACAGACUGUGGUUCUCCGGCCAAGCACUCCCUGGUGUCUGCUUUCAUCCACGUUGUCCCUGCUGAUGCCUUUGUUCCCUCGUUCAGCCAGCCUCAGUACUCCUUCACCAUCCCCGAGGACACGGCAGUGGGAACAGCUCUGGGGUCUGUGUACAUGGGCCCGGGCCAGACGGGGUUCUUCACCGUAGUUGGCGGAGAAACAAUCGACAGCAACAAGGGGGGAACCUUCCUGGUGGAGAGGGAGUCAGGUCUCAUCCGUCUGGUCAAGCCGCUGGACUACGAAGCGGUCAGCAGCUUCCGCUUUAAGGUGGCGGCAACAGCAAGAAGAGACCUGAUCGAGUCCAUCUCCACUGUGGAUCUGGAGGUUAAGAUCCUCGAUGUGAAUGACAACAAGCCAGUGUUUGAGACGAACACUUAUGUGGCAACAGUGAUGGAGGGGAUGCCGGUCGGGACAAGAGUGGUCCAAGCGCGAGCUCUCGAUCCAGACUGGGGCUCCAAUGGACAGGUGACCUACAGCCUCGGGCCUCUGCUCACCUAUAAUCUGGAUCUAACCAAAGAACCUUCCUCCUUCUUCGGCUCCAUCACUACAAGCUCUGUCUUCGCCAUCGACAGCAAAACAGGCUGGAUCACCACUGUGAGUCAGAUGGACCACGAGGCCUGCUCCAGCUACAGCUUUGAAGUCGUGGCCUCUGAUCUAUCCGAGACACAGUCCCUCUCCUCCACCACAGUGGUGACCAUCACCGUGUCAGACGUUAACGACAACCCGCCGUGGUUCGAGAGGGAGCUCUACCGAGGAGCCGUAAAGGAGAGCGAUCCCCUCGGCGAGGUGGUGGCUGUUCUGAAAACCAAAGAUCGAGACGGCACGGAUCAAAACCGCCUUGUCAGCUUCUACAUCACUGGGGGAAACCCGCGGGGCGUGUUCGGCCUGGCCCUCGUGCAGGGGGAGUGGAAGGUUUACGUGAGCGGCCUGCUGGACCGCGAGCAGCAGGACUGGUAUCUGCUCAACAUCACUGCCAGCGAUGGGCUGUAUGUGGCUCGCACCGCCGUGGAGGUCUCCGUAAUGGAUGCCAAUGACAACAGUCCCAUCUGCAACCAGGCGGUGUAUAGCGCCUCUUUUCCUGAGGACAUCCCCACUAACAAGGGCAUUCUGACAGUGGGUGCCACAGAUGCUGACUCAGGCUCUAGCGCUGAGAUCCAAUAUUCCCUGUUUGGCAUUGGGGUCGAAGAUUUCUAUAUGGAUGCAAACACUGGUGAGCUGCGCACAGCUACCGUGAUGGACCGAGAAAUGACACCUACCUACAAACUCAUCGCCCAGGCAACCGACGGGGGAGGGCUGUUCUGCCGAUCUGACAUUUCUCUCAAAGUGUUGGAUGUGAAUGACAAUGCCCCCUUGUUCUCGUCCCCUCAUUACCUGGCUAGUGUGUAUGAGAAUGCCGCCCCCAAGGCUCUGCUUACCCGACUGCAAGCCAGCGACCCCGAUGAAGGUCUUAACCGUACAGUGGCCUACUCUCUGGUGAAUUCAGUCAAUGACUUCUUUUCCAUCGACCCGGUAACUGGGAUAGUGAUUCUGGAGAAAUCUCUGGACAGAGAGAGCCGCGACUCUUAUCGAGUUCGUGUCCAGGCUACUGACCGAGCCGGGCAACAGGGAGCGCUGUCCUCACAGGUUGAUUUGACCAUUUUGGUGCUGGAUGUGAAUGACAAUGCCCCAGUCUUCCAGAGGAGAGACUAUGGCGUCACUGUCCCCGAGGAUGUUGCCGUAGGAACGGAGGUCAUACGUGUGUUGGCGACGAGCGCUGACAUCGGACCCAAUGCGGAGAUCACCUACAACAUCCGGUCGGGCAACGAGUUGCGAAAGUUCAUCAUAGACACAAAACUAGGCUCUAUUUCAGUGGCUGAUGAUUUGGACUUUGAGGUCUGCAAGGACUACUACCUCACCGUGGAGGCCUGGGACAGCGGGAACCCUCCUCUUAGCACCGCUACCAUGGUAACCAUUGAACUCAUGGAUGUCAAUGACAAUGCUCCAGCCUUUACUCAGGACAUCUACAGUGUACUAGUCAGCGAGGAUGCUUCUGUUGGACAGACAAUUACAAGGGUGUUAGCAGAAGAUCUGGACAGCCAGGUGAAUGGGCGAAUCACUUACUCUAUCUUGAAAGGUGACCGCAGCAACCAGUUCUGGAUAGACCCUGUUGCAGGACUGCUCAAAGUCAAUAAGAGGCUUGACAGAGAACUAGUAUCCAGGUAUGCUUUGUUGGUGCAGGCGUUUGACAGCGGCUCUCCCGCUAUGUCCUCCACCGUCACUAUCAACAUCGAUAUCUCCGACGUCAACGACAACCCUCCCGUCUUCACUCCUCCCAACUCCACAGCUAUAAUACAGCUCAACCAAGCUGUCAGCACCACCCUGCUGAAGCUGUCGGUUAGCGAUAAAGACUCCCCUAAAAACGGCCCUCCCUUUGAGUUCCGCAUCGUGUCAGGAAAUGAGGGAAGUUUCUUCGCCUUAGACCAGACUGGAACUCUGAGGACGAGCCGUGUGUUUGGCCCUGAAGCUCCCAGAGAAUUUACUCUUGAAAUCCAGGCAAGUGACUCUGGUAAACCCAGGCUUAGCACCUCCUCCUGGGUAUUUCUGAGAGUCAUUGGGAACAGUCAGUACAAGCCCACCGUCUCCCCGCUAGAAAUCUUCAUCGUCAUGGCUACAGAUACCUUCCAGGGAGGCCCAAUCAGUCGGAUCUAUGCGACUGACCGCGACCCCAAUGACGUUCUGUCAUUUACACAGAAACCUCAGCCCAAGAGCAUGUUUAAGAUCAACAGACAGGAUGGCAGCAUUGUAGCACUGCCAGGCCUGGAACCUGGCAGAUACCAGAUGAAUGCUACAGUGAGCGAUGGACGUUUUGCCGUGAUCGCCGAUGUGUCGGUCCAGGUCGAACAGGUGACGGAUUUACUCCUACGUAGCGCCCUGACGCUACGUUUCAGCUCCCUGUCACCGGAGGAUUUACUUGGUCGCUAUCUGAAUCAGAUCAAACUAACUUUACGAGGAAUAGCUGGCUGGAAAUGGUCACCGGGACAGCAGGAUCCUCUCCACAUCCUCAGCGUACAGCCAGUGAUGGGGACAUCGGACGUUGACUUGCUUGUGGCCGUGGAGAGACCAGAGACAUCGGGUAGCGGAGGGGUGGGUGGGUUCUACUCCCCGCAGGAGCUGUCCGCAAAGCUGGAGGAGGCGGCGGGACGGGGUCAGAUUCGAGGUGUCCUGUCUGGGGCGGUGGUGGUGAGCAGUGCUUGUUCUGGGGAGCUGGAUUGCGGCGACCGGGUUUGUGAAAUCCUACUGGUGAUGGAGGGCGGCUCACCUGUCACCUACAGCACAGAGAGGGUCGGCUUGGUGUCACUGAGGUUCAGCCGUACAGAAACCUGCACCUGCCCCGGAGGGACGUGCCCCACCCCUGUGGAGCUCUGUGAAGGUCAGUCCUGUCCAGCAGAUAUGCAGUGUGUGCGUUCUGGUCCUACAGCACCAUCUGUCUGCCAGUGUCAGCCUGAGAGACUAGACGAGUGUGCAGGCCAAACCUCUCUCAGUUUCUCUGGAAACAGCUACAUCAAGUACAGAGUGACAGAAAGCGGCCAGAGUGGAGAGAUGAGGCUCGGCCUGAGGAUCAGAACUCUCCAGAGAAGAGGAGUCAUUAUGUUCACACGUGUUAACCCCUGUACCAUGCUUAAGAUUGAAGGUGGUCGACUCUGGUUCCAGCUGGACUGUGACAACACCCUUGGCAUUAUGGGCAUCUCUGGCAGACCAAUAAAUGAUGGCCUCUGGCACGCGGUCGCCUUGGAGCUGACUCGAAACUAUACUCUCCUGUCAUUGGACGAUAGCUAUGUGGAACGCCGUCGGGCAGCCCGGGCCCCUGUUCGUCUUUGGCCUCUGGCCUCAGAUUCUUCAUUUUUCUUCGGGGCCCAAGUGAGGCCGCUGAACACACAAGGCGAGAGGCCAAGCCCAGGACCGGGGAGAAGUCAGGGAGGAGCAGGAUUUGGGGAGCGUGGAGCGAGGGGCCCUCCAAGAGCCCAGGAUGGUUUCCAAGGCUGCUUGGGCUCGUUGAUGCUGAAUGGCAACGAGCUGCCACUUCAGAAUAAGAGGAGCCGUUACGCUGAGAUAGCCGGGCUCAGCGAGGUCAAGCUGGGCUGCGUGCUCUAUCCAGAUCCAUGCGUCAGUCAGCCCUGCCUCAAUGGAGCCAUCUGUAGCAGCCUGCCCUCUGGAGGCUUCACGUGCAGCUGCAGCGUUGGAUUCACUGGAGUUCGCUGUGAAAUCGAGCUGACGUCCUGCAUGCCGAACCCGUGCCAGAACGGUGGAGACUGCAAGCCUGUAGGCAGUGCAUUUCUCUGUGGCUGUCCUCGAGGACUCAUGGGACUUAUAUGCGAUGAGGAUGUAAAUGAGUGUGACCAGGACGAGUGUGGAGAUGGGGGAGAGUGUGUCAACACUUUUGGGUCAUUCUACUGCAACUGUUCAGAAGGAUAUGAGGGUCAGUUUUGUGACGAUCAGAUUCCUGGUGAUCCAGAUGAUGACACACAGGCUGAGCCUCUUUCUUACGUCGGACCAGGAGAGAUAAUUGGCAUCGGGGUCCUCGCCUUUGUCAUCGUUUUCCUCCUCAUACUCUUUGUAGCCUUCAGGAAAAAAAUCAAAUUCAGGAAGGACUCCGACCCUGGCCCCGGCACUCAGGCUGUGAUGGGCAUCUCAGCAAUUUCCACAGAAGCUAGCUACAUGCUGCACAAGACUGGCAUGGGUACCGAAGGGAUUGAGUUUAAAGCAAUGCGUCUGUCAGGAUCACCAGGAGCCACAAGCACAUAUGGUGAGGUGGGAAGCGGGACUGGAGGCCCUCCCCAGGUCAUGGUACGUCCGACUGCCCAUUCCCCUCUACCAGGUGGACUCGGCAACCAGGGCACGAGGGGUGUAGACGGAGACAAGACCACAUCCAGCGAAGGAAGUCAGUUAAGCAGCUUCAUCUCAGACCUGUCCAGCGUCCGAGGUGUGGCUAACAGGAGGGGCAUCGCCGUCUGCAGCGUAGCACCCAAUCUCCCCUCAGCAUCAGCUCGUCGCUCAGAGCACAGUCCGGCCCACAAAGUGUCGUGGGAAGGCGAAGAAAUGAGGGAAAAGGCGCUGGAGAGGGUUAGAGAUGAGAGAGAGGAGGAGUGGGGGCAGAGAGCUUUUGAGCUGGAGAGAACACAGAGGGGUAACAGUCCACAGGAUGUGUCAGAGCUGGUGGAUGAUGUGGUCUGUCUUUCGGACUCUAUCUCGGAGGAUCACUCCCUCAGUUCCUACACUUCUGAGUCCUUCGAUGACAACGCCUCCAUAGUGACAGUCAUACGUCUCGUAAAUGAUGCCGUCGAUAAUAUUGAAAGUGAAGUGUCAAACAUGGACAAAGAACAGCGGCGGAACAGUCCUGCAAGUCGCCACCUGCAGAGCAAAGAUGAGAUUUGUGUAGAGUUCAUCAAAGAGUACAUUGUGGAUUCAUACCACUGGGAGUCUUCCUGUCAGACUUCGAGCUGGUUAUCACCAUCCCGUCUCCGUCUGCCAGAGGUAGGAUCCCAUUACGACCUCAGUGACACCCAGCAGAACAUCAGACGUGGAGGCAGCACACGCUCUCUCCAGCUGGACUACAGAGUGAUGGGCUACAGUGGUGACAGAGGCCACGAGCUGGGACAGGAAACCAGGAGGAGAACCUUCCAGUGGGAGAGGAAUCAGUCUGGCGAGUGGGAGAAAAAGCAAACCGCAGACACAGAAGAAACGAGAAGGCAGGGAGCGGAAGGAAAGAACACAGGAGGCGUCAGGGGCAGAGACAUGGGGGCCCACCAGGAGCACCGACACCACGACCAUGACAACUGUGAAGACAGCUCUUCACCUGUUUAUGAGGAGUACCAAGAGUCCGGCCGCGAUCCAGAGCAAAACGAAGACUCAGAGAGCCUUUAUGACACUCUACCCCCAACCCGGCGAGCCUACGAAGGAUACCCAUCGAGCCCCCCUGGCCUCAACCUGCACCCGGCUCAACUUCUGCCCCCUCUCAGGGCCUGGGACCUACAGACAGGGGAAUGGAGGGGAUCGCAGGAGGAUGGCGGCGGGCUCGGCUCCAGCAGCCUUGCAGGCUCCGGGGAUGAGCUAGAAAGACUACUGAACCUGGUGUCGCUCCGAGCCAGGAGAGCCACACGAAUAAACAGAGCCUCAACUGGAUCCGAACCCACAACAGGCUGGGAGGGAUUUAAAUGAGCACACAGGACUGUUUAUAACAAAUAGAUUUAAUAAUCCUUUAUAAAUUACAGACAGAGAGUGAUCCCCUGUGAUUAUACUUGACAUUUAUGAUAUAGCACCGUUGGUCCACCACCUAAAAAUAAUUGAACGCGAAUAUUACCAUAUAUACUUUUAUGAUCUCGCAUUAUUAUUGUGGAGUAAACAAGCACUAAUCCACCACCAAUCCCCUGGCUCAUUUAAAAGCUAGUGGAAUGAGAGGAAGCAUAUGUGUUCUCCAGAAAACUUCACCUGUGUUUGCAUGAGAGGUAGCCGCGAUUGGCUGUGACUCAGUGUUUUUACGAUUGUUAUUUGGAGUCAAUGAAGCACAGUAUUCGGGAGCAAGUCUGACACCAAUGUAUGUACAUAUGUUAUCAUGUAUUCCAUAUACAUCGCUCUCUUGAGUCACACGCGUACGCACACAGCAAUUUUGUGAACUGAACCAUUUAAUACUUAAUGCACUUAUUAUUUUUACUGACACAUGCUCAGGGUUGUUUUGAAGAAAACUGUUUGCCCACAUCCUAGAUGUAGCCUGAGACACGCAACUUAGAUUACCAGAAGCUGAAACCAGGGGAUCUUUACUUAAUCAUUUAACUACUCGAUAUUUAUUUAAUAAUUACACUAUUCAUUUGUGUGGGUUGCAUAUGAGUCUCUUCAAAAACACACACAUUGUGGCUAUCUGGCUUGUGCAACAAUGAUUAAAUACAGCACUUUAGGUAAUAUGACAUAUUUUUUUUGUUAUUCUUAACAAUAGUUUGGACAUCUGAUUUUGCUCUGCAGUUAUGAAAGACAACGUGGACUUUUACUACAAAUGUACAUUAUGUAUUUUGAAUAUAUUGCCAAAGCUGAACUUUUAGCAGCGCUUUUAGGUAGAGUUAAACCCAACUUACAUCUGGUAUUAACAUGUGAAAUGAAGUCUCAGCCAUUAUGUGCCGAAAGGCUUAGAGAUUUGUGUGGAAAUGCGACCGUGAAAUGCAGAAUCACUCACCCAGGACAUGUGCACAUGGUUGGCUCACUGAUAACACAGUGUAAAUGCUGCUGUGUUCACAGUUCACACACAACAGAGGGAAUGCAAAUGGAAGUAAAUUCCAUGUUAAACAACUAUGGAACACAUUCAGAACAAACAGGUGGUAGAUAACUAGGAGCAUUUUGGGAUAAACAUACUGUAUUCAUUAUGGCAGUUGAAGACAAUUGGGGAUUGUGAACCAGCCAGAUGCCUGCUAUGAGAAGUACAGUUUGAAAUGGAAACAACUGCACUAACCAGCCUUUGUCUCAAACCUACCAUAUGCAUCUUUCUGGUAAACAUGCAAGCAUUAAAAUGCAGCAAAUCACAGCGAAUACACAAAACAAACUGUUUUGGACUCCUGGAGUUGAUGCAAGAACUGUAAAUACAAUACAUCCACAUCUGACAAUAUAUAAUGAAAAUUCAAGGGCACACAGCACCGUUGUGCCGUGAUCAAUUUGUUGUUGCAAGAAUGUUUUUCAGCUGCAGUGAAUGUCAUAACAUGGUCAUGACCUGGUUUAGUGUCAGCUAAUGCAUUCAUGUUUCACAGUCCAUCUAUCUAUCCAUCCAUCCAUCCAUCCAUCCAUCCAUCCAUCCAUCCAUCCAUCCAUCCAUCCUCUCGGCCCAUUCCUAUUCAGGUCUACUCUGUGAGUAGGUUUGCUGAAGUAUGUCUCAGCUUGCAUCGGAUAACAAGCAGAGAAACAUCCCAGACAGGUCAGAAUAACACGUGGACAAACACAUUCACACCUGUGGGCACUUUACAGUUUCCACUUGACCCGGCCUUCAUGUCCGUGCACCGUGGAGGGAAACCGGGGCACCCGAAGGAAACCCACAGGAAUACUGAGUCCAUGCAAACUCAACACAGACCAGCAGCUUCCAAAGGCUAAAAUUUUAAAUCCAGAACCUUUGUGCUCCAAAUCAACUCUGCUAUCAGACACCUUUGCUGUCAUGUUUUAAUACUUGAUUGCCGCGCAUUGCUGUUGAAUCAUCUUGUAAACUACCUUUCAAGUCCACUGGGUUUUAAGGUAUUUCAGGUUGAUGGUGUGCUGAAGCACAAUUUUGCACUCACAGGGAUGUCUGAGUGGCUGCACAUUACAAGGACUUGAAAAAUGUGCUCCAAUCAAGCAGAUUCAUGCUUUAUUGGAAAGAAAGCGGUAAUUGUCCUGAGGGUGAAUAUGUACCUGGUGUGCUCUAGCAGGUUAGCUAUAUCUCAACCCAGACUACGUGAGAUAAAUAAUCCCCAUAAAAUAUUUAAUCCUAUCAAGUCAGUCUUGUCACGUCUCUUAUGUGUUUUUCUUUCCCUCCCCAGUGGAAUCUGGCAGAUCCAUUUAGCAGAGCUUAAAGUCAUCAAUGUCCUGGGAAAACGUGAAGGCGUAAGAAUGUCUUCUGGAAUGUUGACUGCAUAAACUGUGUGAUCAGUCAGACAAUGAAUUUUUAUUUUGAAAUCAUUUGAGGUUUUAUGAAAAGGCUGUCAUGAUCAUGGCUUAGAUUGCUUUGUCUGUCUAUACUGUCAACAGUUGAGCAGAUUGCAGCAUAAUCUUCGCAUUAUCCCUUUUUGUUUACCUCAGGAACUGAUUUCUUUGCUGACUUGAAUAAAUGUAUCUGGCUUAUUG